AUGACACAGAUCAUUUUAGAUAAAACAAAGGAACAAGUAAAGGGAGAAACAGAUAAUAUUCAGAAAGAGGUACGUAAACUUAAAGAGAAUGUAAUACCAAGUUCGUCAGUGAUACCAAAACCCAUAACAGACAACCAAAACAUAAAUGAGAAUCAUAAUAAUGCUAGACCCAGCACACAGCCGAAAAUAGAAUUACCAAUGAGUGAUACAAAUCCCAAUGAACCAUUUUCAAUGCUACCACAAGAUCAAAAUUACUAUCAGACAUCACCACAUACUAUGCACAGUUUGACACAAAAUGCAGGACCCAUAAUACCAUCGGGAGUAGCUGAUCAAACAUUAGUACGACAUGGAUACUUUCAGACAUUUUCAUGUGAUGAGAAAGACAAAGUGCAUCAGAUUGUUUUUAUCCGCUCUUUUGAUGGAGUGUCCGAGGACAACAUAAAGAAUUUUUUUGGUUAUGUUGAUGAGAUAGAUGUUGUUUACAGAGAUGAGAUCAGGAAUUUCAAUCAAUUGUAUCCGAUUCAUCCAAGCAAUUCGCGUACGCACAACAGAAAUGACAGAGGCUAUUGGAAUCCGCCUCCGACACCACAACAAAACAUUCAAAGAAACAAUUCACACUACACUGGGACGAAUCCAUUCAAUAUUAGGAGAAACAACUCGCAGCAUUGGCAAGGAAACAGUAAUUAUUACUAUAAUGGUUAUCCGAACAGUAAUUACAAUCAGAACAAUAACAGUUAUAUUCAAAAUAACAACAGUAGAAGGAACCGAAAUUAUAGAGAUCAAAGAAGAGAGGAUAACAGGUACCAUCCAGAAUAUUUUCAGAGAAACAACAUCCAACAACAUCCAAACAUGUAUUACAGGAAUAACAGUAAUGACAAUACCAGUUACAGUCAUGGGCGAAAUAAUGUAUGGGGAAAUCACAAUGGACAACCGUCACGACACAUGCAAUACGGCAACCCUCAAUUUGUACCUAACGGAACUCCCAAUGUGACGCGGGGUAAUGUCAACAACCAAACAGCUGAUACUUGGGUGACGCACGACAGAAAUGUAAAUAUUAUUGAGUUGGGCAAUGAACCCAACCCGCAGCAACAACCGAAUUUGCCGGAAAACGAACGACGACCGAGCUAA